AUGGAUGUCGACGAAAAGGACGAAUAUGAAAUUAUUUCGGAGAUGGGAAAACCCGCAAAUUUUCUCACACAAAGAGAUGUGGAGAAUGAAGAGCCGGCGACGACUGGAAUCAGUGUGCACAUUCAGGAAAAUGUUACGAGUUUGGAAGUGAAAAGGCCUUCGAGAUGGGAUGUUGGAGCACCAUUUUGUAUACAAUUAAAUGAUGCUGUGGCGUCGAGUUCAAGUGAAACCAUUGCGAAGAAAUGCACUACUAGUUUGGAUGAGGGGAGCGAUGGAGAUUAUAACAAAACGAUUAGUGAAAAUGAUAAGGAGAAGAUUUUUACAAAUGAAGCGGCUACGUUAAAGAUUGUUAGUACGAAAAUGAAAAAAUAUACUAAAAGUACUGACAUAUCCAUCGCAGCGCAACAUGGAUAUAACCAAAGUAAUAAUUGUGCUGACUUAUCACUGGAUAAAAUAGCACUUCCUUGUGACCCUUGCGAUAUAGCUUUACCGCCCGAACCAUCUAAACUAGGUAGUAGUGCUGAUUGUGCACUUUUAUCUCGCACUGCGGAGGAUAAGCUUGCUUCCGAAGCCACUUCAGACAAAGGAAAAGUGGUAAUUAAAUGGAAGUUCACGAAAACCCCAAAAGAACUUCCUACCGGAGAUGUGAAGAUUUGGGAACCGGAGGUUGAGACACGUGAAUUGCCGAAAUUAUAUUCUGAAGAACAACCAAAGUCGACACUGAGAUGUGGAGAACCUUCACUGGAUUCAAGAAUUGUUGGAAGCUUGGAUUCUGAUAUAGGAAAAAAUGCAUUCCGCGCCGGGUCUUUAUUUCAGCACUCCGCAGACCUUGGAGAAAUGGCCCUACCACUAUGCAUUCCAGAGCCGAAACCAAGUGUUCAAUCACGAGAUGGUGCUACUUCGUCAUCUGAACAGGACCACUCAGAUUAUGUAAUGCAUAAAAUGCAGUUUUUGGAAAAUCAGUAUGUAAAGCAAAAGACAACGCAGCAAAAAGUAAGAGAAAAGCAGCCAACAUCAAACAAAAUUCUAGUAUCGAACUGCAGUAAUGUUUCGGAAACCGUACUGUCUUGUUCAAAGCUUCAAUGCAAUUACGAUUUGGAAACGAAUUCGCUAGCUUUGAUGAAUGAUGAAACUGAGAUAGCCACAGAAACGAGUGUUCAAAGGACAGUCAAACCGUGGUUUGCAUUGGAUUUUCCGCAGGAAGUUCACUUAAAAGAAGCGAAAUUACCGUCAGAAUCAGUGUCUUUCCUUCAGCAACAGUGGAGGCUGAAUGCUUCCAAAAUUGAAACAAAUGGUGAAGAAUCUUCCUUAUCUUCUGCUUCAUCAGCAACAUCAAUUUCCACGUAUUCCUUCAAUUCUACCCCUAAAACACUUCCUUCAUCAGAUCUUGAUAUUUUACGAAUUGUUGAAGGACGAAAACAGAUCCCGGAAACCGUUGAUACUGCAAAUAUAGCUGCUGAUUCGGCCAAUGACGAGCCGUUACUAUCAGAAGCUGCAUUGGCCCUGGAUGAGAAUGAAGAAAAAUUGGAAGUAUCAACGCUGAAAAUUUCCCCUAUAUUGCUAAAGCCAGCCAGUCAACCUGGACAAUAUGAACAUUUGGAUGAAAAUAUUAUACUCUGUGAUGAAAACCUAAUUAAAGAGGCUAAGGUUGUGCGUUGUUUUUGUGAACCGACAUUGGCGGAAAUAGCAGAAGGUCGUGGUUGCAGUUCCGGUUGCAUUAAUCGAGAGCUCUAUACGGAAUGUGGAUCACGAUGUCCAAGUGGAGUGGGGUGCGCCAAUAGGCGGUUUCAUAAUAAACAAUAUGCGAAAGUGGAAGUAUUCAAUGCAGGUGUAAAAGGUUGGGGAUUGAGAGCUGCGGAACCACUUGAGCCUGGCCGUUUCAUCAUUGAAUACAUUGGCGAGGUUAUUGAUGCAGAGGAAAUGAUACGUCGUGGAAGAAGGUAUGGUAAAGAUCCAAAACAUGUGCAUCACUAUCUUAUGGCGCUAAAGAACGGUGCUGUGAUAGAUGCAACAGCGAAAGGAAAUGUUUCACGAUUCAUAAAUCAUUCUUGUGAUCCGAAUUGUGAAAGUCAAAAGUGGACAGUUGAUCGCCAGUUAAGAGUUGGUUUCUUCGUGAUCAAACCAAUUGCUUUGGGAGAAGAAAUCGUUUUUGACUAUCAGCUUGAGCGCUACGGCCGAAAAGCACAACGAUGCUUCUGUGGUGCUGCAAAUUGUCGAGGCCGAAUAGGUGAUGACAGUGAAAGCGAAGAAGAAGAGGACAAAAUCAGUGAUGAAGCCGAAGUUGAAGAAAGUGGAGCGGAUGAUGAACUUUCAUUAACUAAGCCCAAGUUGAAAUCAGAAAAAAGGAAAAAAGUUCACGCACUGCGAGAAACAAGAAAAGGCAGCCAUCAGCUCAACGUUGCAAUAGUGAAUGCUUUAUCGCGAGGACCGCCUCGAAAUCGUACUCAAGUUCGUGAUCUUGUCAGAUUAAUGAUACAAGUAGAACAAGCACCACAACGUUCGUCCUUAAUACAGUGUAUCCGAUUUGCUCAUCCUGAUGUACUACGGCUUUUCAUCCAAGAAAGUGGUCUGAGACUUUUAUACGUUUUCUUAGCUACCAAUUACCCGAUCGAUGAUGAGCAUUCUGUUCUGCAAUUGCAAAUCAAAUCACUUGAUUUGCUGGACGUUAUGCCUAUUGUGAAUAAAAAUCAAGUUAUCGAUAGUCAUCUAGCUUCAACUGUGGAAAAAAUUGCUAACAAAAGAGGUCCUAUGGAUGAAAUUGUGGAAGAUGUCAUGAGGAGAUUAGUAGAUGUAGUCUGUUGUGAUAUACCUUCCACUUCGAAGUACUCAGCCUUAACAGUAUUAAAAGAUUCGGAUCCUGUAAUAGAACGUUUGCACUACGAGAUGGUUACAAAAGCUGCGAAAUUGAUGGGAAAGUGGAGAAAUUUGCGCGAAGAAUAUCGAAUCCCACGUCGGGAACGUACAGCUCCUGUUUCAACUCAACAUGAUAUCAGUCGUUAUGUGCGGAAGACUGAUGAAGAUGAAAAGAACAAACGAGUUAUAGUAGACAAGAAGGAUGACGGCAGUACACUGUGGAGGUUAAGUGGAUUUGGACCACCACCCAAAAAGCGAUGUUUUGACCGACGUCGUCUCCCCAAAACCGACCUACCAAUUUUCGUCAAAGAUUUGACGCAUCUUGAAAACGAAGAUUUCAAGCAGUCACCAAUAGCUGUAACUGAUUUAUCACGCGUUAACGAAGAUGAUGAGGGAGAGAACAGACCAAAGAAGCGUCGUUCGCGAUUUGAUGUUGUUGGUGAAAGAAAUCCAAGCUCAAUGUAUGAAUUGUAUGCUACAGAUUGUGAUUUCUACGCUCCUCCACCGCCAAAGCUUCUUCCAGAAGCUUUAUUUGCUGCCGGUUUACCAGAUUCAAUAAAUUUUUCAUACAGUGAACAUUCAUUCCCGGAAUUUUUCGACUGGAACACCGUAUAUGCAAAAUAUGAUCCAUCCUCUGCUGCUUAUCAACAGUUUAUUGACUAUUAUCAACAGCAGCAGUAUUCUAUGAUGGGAAUGGUACCGUGUCCACUAACACCUCAGAAUACGGCAGAAAUGACGAAUAUCUUAGAAGCACCCUCUCCACCACCGCCCAAACGACCUAAAACACCAGAAGAAAAUCCAAAUAUGCUUGUAAUUGGUCCGAUCGAUAUAGAAAACCCGACAGACGAAGAUAUCGAAAUGGUCGAGAAACAUUUGAUAGCGCUCAAGGCGAAACGAACUGAAAUCAGAAGACGUUCACAGGAAGCAGAAAAGAAGGCUGCACAAGAAUCAAGUGACAUGAGUGGUGUUCCUCCACCUCCUCCACCUUCACAAACUAAACAGUCGUUGUGGAUACAGGCUACGACGGAGGAAGGAGCUGUUUAUUAUUACAAUAAAGAAACCAGGGAAUCCGUUUGGACUUUGCCUGAUGAAUCUGAAGGUGGAAAUGCUUCAGCUGACACUACAACGGAUCGUAUUGAUACGCGUGCAACAUUCAAAGUUGAGAUAGUGAAAUAUGUUGGCGGCAUGUUGGAACCAAUUCGAAAGCUGAAAUUUGCAUCUGCUGAUGAUUACAAAUAUGUUUUACGGAAACUGACGCAUACGAUAUUAGAGAAAGAGCUAAAACGAGUCGGUGAAACAGAGCUUAAGGUCACAGAAUCAGUACGGGAUAAAGCACGGAAAUUCGUGGCGGAAUAUUUGGCACGGCUUGGUGAUGGCCAGUACUCACGAAAAAAUAAAAUCCACAACUCCUAUUGA